AUGGGUACGUACGAUAACUCCAGAAAAGGUAGCUGCCACGCAGAAGCUGUUUGGUCUCCAGUCAAAGAUCUACGUGGCUUAUGUACCUCCUCGACUGCAACAAGCUCCGAUGAUGGUGGUGAGGCUGAUUUAUCAAUUUAUCUGAAAAAAGAAGUGCUUCCUCCAAAUACAUUUGAAGCUAUGAAUUACACUUCAAAAGAUUCAUAUGUCUCUCUAUCAUAUUAA